GAUAUAUUAGCUAUAUCCUUGUUGCUUAAUCGGCGUAAAACUAUCCACAGGUGGAAAUGUUUGAAAAAUGUUUUAAAAAUGUUUUAAAAAUGCUGAAUAUUUACCAAAGGACUUUUGUAGGGCAGAGAGGUUCUAGGAGAUUUUCAUGUGAACUGCUCUGUUUUGUUGCAAAAAUGAUCACCACCACUACAACUAGAAUCAAAAGGAUUAGAGGCAAACGAUAAAUGAUACGUUAGCCCCGACAAAUCAAAGUCCUGUGAAAAAUAGCUACCUGAACGUAUGCCCUUGGCAGUUGAAGAAAUUUUCAGAAUUUACGAGCGAAACUUCGCGUUAUGUUUCCGGCCAAAUCGCUGGCUUAACUGCGCUAUUGCACAUUUGUGAUUCCCUGUUUGUAAAUGGUAUAGUGUAAUUAUAGGUAGGAAUUUGUAAAUAAAGAAGCUCGUUAAACCAAUACGUCAAGGUUAUUUUUUUGGUACAGGCCUUACUUCGUCCUUGUACUUCUUCAGACAUCGAGCUCUUAAAAUCGCGUUACUAAAUGGAUGCAGUACACUGACCCUCAGAGAAGUACGUCAAAGCUGCAUAUAGUUUUGCCUUCGGAGCUCGAGAUAAGCGUUCAAGUUUUCGGCUUUCUUGCAGCUUUGUGUCGAGAAGACUUGCCUUUUACACACGCAAAGCCUAAAAGUGGUCCUUAACUAAUAUAUCAAUGGAAAUAUGAUACUCGUCCGCUUAGUAGUAAUACUUCUCAAAAUAGCUCACAACGAUCAACUUUAAUUUGUAGUACAGCCUAAAAUAAAUAUCUAGCAGCAUUUGAAAAUAAAGCUUUUCUCAUGGAGACAAGAAUCUUUCGUCUACAGUGCAAAACUGAUGAGGCUCCGCCCGAGUUUCUACGAGCUACACUCAAACAGUGUCUGGAAAUUUACCAUCCGAAAGGAUGUUUGGCUGGUGGUUUAUGAGCUGAAUACGGUUUUUUUUUUCGGUUUUCUAAGAGACUUUUUUUUACGUUAAUACUGUGGUAAAAAGUAGGCAGUGACGUCGAUGGUGUCACUCAGGAAACACCCACCCGCCAGAUAGUCUGGGAAAAGUUUCGACCCCCCUGUCAUUUUACGCAACACUUCAGUUUCAUUUUCAGCAAUACUUCAGUUUCUUUGAGCGUUUUAACCAGAUCACCGAGGACAAUUCACUCUUCAAAACACCUCAGCAGGAGCAAUGUGUAAAAGGUACUUUAUCUUGGGUAUCGAUUUCCUUUGACAUUGUUAUCUACGGUCUUUAAAACAUUUGUUUUCUUUAACACUUUAAUUGAGAAGUAUCAGUUAGGAAUCUGGAUUGAUUGAUGGUAUAUUAAAUACUCGCUAAUCUCGGAUUGAGGUCUUCUUUUCUGCGAUUAAUAUCAUAUGAUUGGCAUUUUAAGGAAAUGGUAUCCUUUGUGGAGCUGUCAUCAGUUGUGUUUUGAAACACUUUUCCUUUUACGUUGACAAGUGUUGAGUCCCUCCCACGUAGAUUUGGAACACACUGUUUUAAGAUGAUAUAUCGUCGUUUCGAUGCUUUCGUUAGAUUUCUCUUCCUCGAUCCACUUAUUUGUUCUUCCGCACGGCUUCAUUACUUAUUCUUCCAAAAAUGGAAUCUGACGCGUUGCUUUACGAAAUUGACAUGUUAUUUCUGUAUUAACCAAUCACAUUGCGUAACGUUGACAGUAAACGUUGACUUUUAGCAUCAGCAGUGGAAGUUUACGCAAAAUAACGAGCGUACGACUGUGAUUGCUUCUAGAAGGCAAAGUACUGGAAAUGAACAAAACAGCGAAGUCGGUACGUAUGAAGUUAUAACUUGGGAUAUUUUUUCCUUUUCUUCACUCUGUGUCUUGUGAUGCCUUGCCUUUUUGUAAAUAUUGCGAUAAAGAUCUUAAGACCUUGUUAGGGUGAUUCCGUGAUGGUUGAUUCAUAUUGGACUAGCAAAAGAAAUAGUUCACUUGAACUGAAAGGGUCAAGAAACAUAAAUUGUUUGAACAGUCUCUUGAACUCGUUCACUUCUUUUUUAACUAUUUGAACACUACAACUACAUAAUUUAGAGUAGCUUUCUUUAUCUUUAGAACAAUGAAUCCUGAGAAGCUUGUAUAGUUACGUAAAACACCCGUUCUUUUCUGACAGUAAUCGCUACGCAUUCCUUGGUUUAAAGUUGAAUGAAUGGCGCUGAAACUUCUAAGUAUUACAUUUUAAAACGAUUUUUCUUUCAUGCGUUUGUUCAAGGUUUCAACUGUACCCGAUGGACACGAAAUUAUCAAUCGGGUCUUCAUCGGAGGACUUGCUCGUGAUACAAGCGAGUUGGAACUCGAGAAUUUCUUUAGUACGUUUGGUGAAGUGACGGAUGUUCGCAUUGUCUGCGAUAGGAAAACUGGCUUCAAUAAAGGUUACGGUUUUGUUACAUUCAACACAACGAAAGCUAGAGAUGAUCUCAUUGAAAAGGGAACAAUUGAUUACAAGGGUGGAAGGAAACUGCGCCUCCGAAAAGCAGUGAAAAAAGAGACAGGGGGACAGUUCUUUUCCACAGGAUCCAGUAAUCAAAUAGGGACACAACCACAACAACUGGUUCUUGUGCCUGUAGAGCCAAACAUGAACAUGAAUAUGCCUCCCUUGAUAAAUUGCAAUGCGGUAUACAAUCAUCCAAUUCAGCAGCCCAUCAAUUAUGUGGCACCCCAGUAUACCGUGCCAAGCACAACCCAAUAUACUGUACCAGCAUUUUAUUAUUACUGUUAUUAAAAUGGUGACUAAUGAUCCCUGACCGUUUUAGCUCUAUGAGCUACAUGAAUGUCCAGUGUCAAGACUUAUUUUUGUUCAAAGUGAAUGAUGUGUGGCUGCAUUAAACAGUGGUUGAAACAUGACUGAAAGCUAUCGCAUGUUAUGUAGCUGUUUAUUCCUUUCUGAGGGGUGGACGGCUAC